AUGUUUGUUGGCGUGCAGGAAAUUGGCCUGACGCGAGGAAAAACAACAAUUGGUGUGGAUCCUUUCCCCUGUGUCUGGCUGCUCGUCUUCCGCUUUCCCUUUCUGUGUAUGCCGUGUGCGCGCAAUAUGCCUGGACGCUGUUCGUCGUGCAACGCCGAAUUGCGUAAGCGAGAAACAGCCAUUCUUUGUUGGCAGAAGAUACGCUCUCUACGUCUUUUUGUGCCACCAGCGCUUUCUUUUGCGCGCUCGAUGGAUGCGGUUGUAACGUCGCCACGUGGUACUGUCUCGGCCCUUGUUUGUAUUUCAAGGCAUCGGGGUUGCCAUGCGAUGGAGUUGUUCGGGCAAAAGCGAUAUGCCAAUGGUCAUGUGCCUCUUCUCCGGGAUCGCGCCACUCGUCAUGGUGGUUGUGUGAGGCUGCGUUGGCGGUGGGAGGGCGAUGGUGUCACUGGCGUGGUUGUGUCUGAGCUUUUUUCUGUCGUUUUUUGUGCAUUGGCGGGGACUGACUGCGGCCGGAUGCUUCUGCGCGCCACUGUGUUUGGUUACUAUUGUUGA